AUGUCCACUACUCUCACCAUUUCUGCCAAUUCUCUAUUCUCCAUCCAUAUUCCCCAUUGCCAACCACUCAACUGUUUACCUUUGAGGGGUCAAAACAGCAUCAAAGCUUGUAAGCCUAACCCUAAUCGCAACUACCCUAGUGUGGGCAUUAUUCGCCUUACCAAGUUGGAGAUUGUCCUGCACACACUUGUCUCCUCACUUGGUCUCAAAGUUGGAGUAAACUUUUCCCGUUUUUGUGUCACAAAAACAUGUACAACUGCUGAGCGAGAGAGAGGGGAGAGAGAGUGGAGAAGCACACAGAAGAGAUGGGAGGGGAUUAAAAAUUUAAAUGUGCAGAAAAGAAAUACAGUGGGAAAAAUAAAAAAAAAAAAAGAAAGAAAGAAAAUAAAAGAUUCACUGUUGAAGAAGCUAAAUUGA